AUGCGUCUUAUCAGACGAACAAAAUGGCGGUUCAUCGUAGGGCUAUUAUCAUUAGCAUUUACGAUAAAAAUAAGUCAAUGCGCUGAAAUAUUAAUGAUAACAAUGGGAGGAACGAAAAGUCACAAAAUACCUUUUUUAGAACUUGGUAAAGGUCUUUACGGAAGAGGUCACAACAUAACCUUUAUCAAUCCUUUUCCUCCGGUUCGACCUGUGGAAGGUAUUUUAGAAAUAACACCACCCGGAUUAGUUUUCUACGUUCGUAAUUACACAAAUUGGGAUUUAUUAGGAUCGAGAUUAAGAGGAGAGGAACCAUUAUCACCAUCCGAUAUAUUUCGUUACGGUUUUCAGGUUUGCGAUCAUUUCCUUAGAGAUUUUGAAACGCGUCAAUUAUUAAAUUCCGGAAAUAAAUAUGAUUUAAUGAUUAUGGAUGGAGCAUUUCCGGAAUGUGCCUUAGGUCUUGCAUAUCAUUUUAAAGUGCCAUACAUGUACAUAAACACGGUUGGACUUUACAUGGGAUCGAUUUCAGCUUCCGGUAGUCCUGUACCAUGGUCGAUGACGCCAUUUUUCGCACGUUCAUUUACAGACGACAUGACGAUAAUCGACAGAAUUAAAAACGUCGGAUUUUUAUCCCUCCUCACCUUUCUUCAUUAUUUAUCGACGAAAUUAUUCGUACAGAACGUCGUGAGAGCACAUUUGGGUAAUUCCGUACCUGAUUUAUUCGAAAUGACGUCAAAUGUUAGUUUCGUAAUACAAAUCGGUCACCAUAGCGUCACGUAUCCGAGACCGUUUCUUCCAAAUAUAUUAGAAGCCGGUUGCAUACAUUGCAAACCACCUAAACCUUUACCAAAGGAUUUGGAAGAUUUUAUAAAUAUCGGUGGAGAUCGUGGUUUUAUAUUAAUGAGCAUGGGUUCAUCAGUUCAAACUUUUAACUUUCCCGAAUAUUUAAGACUUUUAUUCAUACAAGUUUUUGCACAGCUUCCUUAUCAGGUUUUAUGGAAGUGGGAUGAAGAUAACAUGUCUGAUCUACCUAAAAAUGUUAAACUUAGCCGAUGGUUACCGCAACAGGAUUUAUUAGGACAUCCGAAAAUCCGAGCGUUCGUAACGCAUGGCGGUUUGUUAUCAAUGUUGGAAACAGUUUUUCACGGUGUACCCAUAAUAACGAUGCCAGUUUUUUGCGAUCACGAAGGAGAUGCUAGAAAAGCAGAAUUGGACGGUUAUGCAAUUAAAUUAGAAGUCGGUGAAUUGACGCCGGAAAAAUUAUUAAGAGCGUUAAAAAUGAUAAUACAAGAUCCAAAGUACAAAGAAAAUGCGAGGGAAAGAUCGAUUUAUCUAAGGGACGUACCUUCGUCUCCCCUUAGAACGGCCCUGUACUGGACCGAAUAUGUAUUACGUCACAAGGGUGCAUCACAUUUGAAAUCGCCAUCGAGAAAUCUUAGCGUGAUACAAUAUUACCUAAUUGAUACUGUACGAAAGAAAAAGUAA